UUCGCUAAUUUAGCUCUCCACAAGUUCCCGUCAAAGACUAUAAUAAAAAAGACGGGAAGCAACACACCGCACCAGCCACCGUGGUCACCAGUCAUCUCGCAGAGGCGUUAGUUGUUGUCAGGCGUGAGUCAUGUCUACCAAGGGUCAGGUCAUCACAUGUAAAGCAGCUGUUGCUUGGGAGAAGGAAAAACCAUUGACCUUAGAAGAUGUAGAAGUUUCUCCUCCAAAAGCUGGAGAAGUCCGCAUCAAGGUACUGGCAACAGGAGUCUGUCAUACUGAUGCUUACACACUUGAUGGUCAUGACCCAGAGGGGAUAUUUCCAGUUAUCUUGGGACAUGAAGGAGGUGGCAUUGUAGAGAGUGUUGGGGAGGGAGUUACUUCAGUCAAAGAAGGUGACCAUGUUAUUCCUCUCUAUAUCCCUCAAUGCCGUGAAUGCAAGUUCUGCUUGUCGCCCAAGACGAACUUAUGUGGCAAGAUCAGAGCAACACAAGGCAAAGGUGUUAUGCCAGAUGGGACCUCACGGUUUAUUUGUAAGGGCAAGCAAAUCUACCACUUCAUGGGAUGCUCCACUUUCUCUCAGUAUACUGUUGUAUCUGAGAUAUCAGUUGCCAAGGUCAAUGACUCUGCUCCUCUUGAAAGCGUUUGUCUGCUUGGCUGUGGAUUGAGCACAGGUUAUGGUGCAGCUGUCAACACUGCUAAGGUAGAGCCUGGUUCAACAUGUGCCAUCUUUGGGCUUGGUGCUGUUGGCUUGGCUGUUGCAAUGGGAUGUAGAGCCCAGGGUGCUAAGCGCAUAAUUGGCAUUGACUUGAACUCAAACAAGUUUGAGCUUGCCCAGCCAUUUGGGUGCACUGAGUUUGUAAACCCAAAUGACCACAAGAGUCCCAUUCAAGAGGUUCUUGUGAACAUGACGGAUGGUGGGUGUGAUUACACUUUUGAGUGUAUUGGUAAUGUGGAUGUAAUGCGUGCUGCCUUGGAGGCCUGUCACAAGGGCUGGGGAGAGAGUGUCAUCAUUGGUGUUGCAGCUUCAGGGAAGGAGAUCUCCACCAGGCCAUUCCAACUCGUAACUGGAAGAGUUUGGAAAGGAACAGCCUUUGGAGGUUGGAAGUCUCGUGACAGUGUGCCAAAGCUUGUUGAAGAUUACAUGAGCAAAAAAAUAAUGGUGGAUGAGUUUAUAACCUUCAAGAAACCACUAAACGAAAUUAACAAUGCAUUUGAACUGAUGCACCAGGGCAAAGCUCUCCGAAGUGUUGUGUUGAUGGAGUAGUGCCAGCUCCUAUUUUACCUUUAAGGAUAAUGUAUGUAAUAGUAAAGUCAUUAUUGCUUUACUUCAAACAUGAUUUAAUCUAUAUUCAUUGUUAUACAAACAAAAUUAUUUGGUUAGAAAAUUAAAUUUCCUGUAUGCAAAUAUUUCUGAAAUAAAGUUAUCAGACUGCA